CCCGCCCCAGCCGCCCUCCGCCGGGAUCCGCGCUCCGCCGAGGAGCAGUGGGGAGCAGGAUGGUGCCGGACGCUGCGGUGCUGGUGGUGCUGGUGCUGGUGGUCGGCCUCCGCUCGGCGGCAGGAGGAGGCGUGGGGGGCUAUGCCCAAGUGAAGUACAUGCAGCCCAUGGUGAAGGGACCCCUGGGACCCCCCUUCCGUGAAGGCAAAGGGCAGUACCUGGAUAUGCCACCGCUGCUGCCCAUGGACCUCAAAGGGGAGCCAGGACCCCCAGGGAAGCCCGGCCCACGCGGACCUCCCGGGCCCCCCGGAUACCCAGGAAAACCGGGCACAGGGAAGCCAGGAAUGCACGGCCAGCCUGGGCCUGCUGGGCCCCCUGGCUUCUCGGGCAUUGGGAAACCCGGCAUCCCAGGACUCCCUGGAAAGGCGGGUAUGAAAGGGAUGCCCGGAGCCAAGGGUGAACCUGGCAUGCGAGGAGAACAAGGGCCAAGAGGGCUGCCCGGACCCCCAGGGCUCCCGGGGCCAGCUGGGAUCUCAGUCAAUGGGAAGCCGGGCCCCCAGGGUGGCCCAGGACUGCCUGGGUUUCGGGGUGAGCCCGGCCCAAAGGGAGAGCCUGGUCCCCGGGGAGAAAGGGGGAUGAAGGGUGAGAACGGUGUGGGGAAACCAGGGCUCCCAGGGCCCCGGGGGAAUGGGGGUCCUCCUGGCCCUGCAGGGCCGCCAGGGCCCAUCGGCAUCGGAAAACCCGGCAUUGACGGCCUGCCGGGAGCACCAGGGGAGAAGGGGGACAUGGGCCCCCCCGGCGGGCCCGGCAUCAGUGGGGAGCCUGGCCCCAUGGGGCCCCGAGGGCCCCCGGGAAUUGAUGGGAUUGGUGUCCCAGGUGCUGCGGGGGUGCCGGGGAUACAGGGCCCCAUGGGGCCAAAGGGAGAGCCUGGGAUCCGCGGCCUCCCUGGUUUGCCGGGCCCGACGGGAUAUGGGAAGCCAGGUUUGCCUGGACUAAAAGGAGACCGUGGGCAACCUGGGGCACCAGGAGCCAUCGGUGAUAAGGGGGAACCCGGCAUUGAUGGGGAGCCAGGUGAGCCAGGUCCCGCUGGCAUCAUUGGCCCACCGGGCCCCCCGGGGUCCAUGGGUCUGCCAGGCAAGCACGGGCUGCCCGGCUCCAAAGGUGACAUCGGGCCAAGUGGGCCCCCAGGAAUGCCAGGGAUGCGUGGGGACCAGGGCCUGAACGGCUUUGCGGGGAAGCCAGGGGUGCCAGGAGAAAGGGGCCUGCCUGGGACGCAGGGACCUCCCGGCCCAAUGGGCCCCAAAGGAGAACCAGGGUUCAUUGGCCUCCCUGGGGUGCCAGGAUUAACGGGUGGCCCCGGGCCAAAAGGGGACGGGGGGAUCCCCGGGCAGCCGGGGCUGAGGGGCCCCUCUGGCAUCCCAGGCUUGCAAGGACCUGCAGGUCCCAUGGGGCCUCAGGGGUUACCAGGACUGAAAGGGGAGCCAGGACUCCCCGGGGUUCCUGGCAAGGGGAAAAUGGGGGAACCCGGCAUGGCUGGACCCAUCGGUCCCCCGGGAAUGCCGGGAACACCGGGGCUGAACGGGCCGCCGGGCCCACCGGGGCCACCUGGGCCACCAGGAGCACCGGGGGUGUUCGACGAGACGGGGAUUGCGGGGCUGCACCUGCCGGACGGUGGCGUGGAGGGAGCCGUGCUGGGGAACGGCAAACCGGGAAAACCGCAGUACGGCCGUGGGGAGAUCUCCGCCAGGAUCGCGCCCGCGUUCACCGCCAUCCUCACCUCCCCCUUCCCCGCCUCGGGCAUGCCGGUCAAGUUUGACCGGACUUUGUACAACGGGCACAACGCCUACAACCCCGUCACUGGGAUAUUCACCUGCCCCGUAUCCGGCAUCUACUACUUUGCCUACCACGUGCACGUCAAAGGGACAAACGUUUGGGUGGCCCUGUACAAGAACAACGUGCCCGCCACCUACACCUACGAUGAGUACAAAAAGGGCUACCUGGACCAGGCCUCAGGCAGCGCCGUGCUUGAACUCAAGGAGAACGACCAAGUCUGGGUACAAAUGCCCUCGGACCAAGCCAACGGGUUGUACUCCACGGAAUACAUCCACUCCUCCUUCUCUGGAUUCCUGCUCUGCCCCACAUAACAGCUGUUGGGCGUGUUUCCUUUUCAUCCACUUUAGCCAUAAACUGUCUUUUGGGUUUUUUUUUGAUAACAAAGUUUUUUAAAAUUGAUACGAAAGAAGAAAAAUCACUGGGAAGAACGAGCAAGCCGUUGUCGUGGGACCUUGCUUCAUGCUGUUUGAUCCUUGAGUCAAGAGGGUGAUUGGAAAGGAGAGAUCUUUCUCUCUUUCUUUCUUGGGGGAGGGAGAGGGGUCACUUCCUCAGCAAAGCAUAUUUGGAAUAAAUUUUACCCUAGUGACUGUACAUCAAACGCAGGAAAGUGCUUGGGAUGGCAAGGAUCUGGCUCUGCAGUAAACUGCUCUGUGACCCAGAGAGGUUCGUCUGGAAGAUCAGACCCUUCUGGUCUAUAAUCCAGUGCCCUUGUUUCCCAUUUUGAGUACUAGUCAAAUAAAUUCAGCUGUUGUAAUGGGUGGUAUAUUUGCUAACCAGCACAGGGGUCCCAGGCACUUAACCCAAUCCUGUACAGCAGCAGAGAUCCACGAUGGGUUGAGAAAUUCCCUUCCCAAACCAUCCUAUGCCCAAGCUCCAGUCUCGCUGAUGCCUAUUUUUUUCAGACUGUGCUUUGAGGCAGUCUCCCUGGUUCACUCUGGAUUCAGUGUGGCUGGAUUUAUGAUCAUAAAAAGUGGAACAUUUUGCAUAAGCACCUUCUUAUAAGAAGUAAAUAUUAUUCCUAACCCUUGCCCCCAGCACCUUUAGGAAUAAAAACCAUCCAGGAGCUGGUAUCUGGGAGGAUGACAGACAGCCUGUGCCAAAGCCACUGAGGGAAGCUGGGACUCUGUGAUGAACAAGGAUCCUCUCUGGGGUUAAUUCAUCUGAAAAGUCCAAGGGGAAGUUCUGCCCUGCUUGCUUCCUUGCAGCCCAGAGACUUGCUUGGCCUCGGGAACAUCUCAUUCUUUGGCAGCACAAGGAGGGCACUGCAAGCCUGGCUUAUGGUGCUUCCAGCCUGGUUUGACAGAAGGUUUAGUUUAUGCUUUCUUGGAAGUGCCACUUAAGGACAACUUGCUUUUACUGUCUCACUAUUUUGGGAUGUGUAAACUCUCGCAUUGGUAUCACUCCUUUCUCUGGGGACCUUUUCAUUAAGAAAAACAAAAAAAAAUAGUGCUUGUUCUAACUUUCCAUUCAGUCAUUUUGCAACGGUGCUAUUAUCUACUUAACAAUGUUAUUUACAAGUCUAGUGCAAUAUGUACCUGUAACAGUGCACCACUGCAGGUGCCAGUCUGUGACCUAGGUUAAAAAAAAAGAGAAAAAGAAAAGAAAAAAAACAAACCCCACAUCUGUCUGUUGUUACCACUUGUCUCACUAAUGCUUGAAAUGGUACUGACCUGAGUAUGAGCUACAAGGUUCUGGGAAAGGUAGGCACAGACACUGACCACUUGGCUGCUCUGUCCUUUGCUCGAGGGAGCAACUGAACCUUAUUGCUUUGCAGAUUUUCUCAUGGUAGAAAAAUGAUUGCACUUAGAGUAAAGUGAUUCUUUUCAUCCCAGGCAAGUAGCACGCUGCUGAAGUCAAGCCCCACGUGUUACACUGCAUGUCCCUCUGCAAAGACACAUCCCUGAGAAAAAAGAACAAUUUGGUCACCAGAUGAGCAACUAUUACCCUUCAAUUCUCCUAAAGCCUGUUCUAUGGCCAAAGAAACGUAUUAAGAAUGGGACUUGGGGUUGCUCUGCAGAUGGACUGUA